CUGCGAGAUGUUGAUUCUUGUUGUCGACCUCGCCGGAGUAGCGGAUGUACAGUAGCUGCGUCGCGCUAUCGCUGUGUUGCGGCUACCAUGUACGGAGAUGGAAAGGGGGCGAUCUGGGACCGAGUUGGACACCCCCGGCGGGACUGCGUGUGCUACCUGGAACCACCGACCUCUUUGAUUCCCACCGGGAUGCGGAAAUCUCCGGACGUGAGUCCGAGGCGUCUCUCCGACAUCAGCCCCCAGCUUCGGCAGCUGAAGUAUCUGGUCGUGGACGAAUCGAUCAAAGAGGAGCUGAAGUCUUCCCGUUCGGUGGAGGACAUAAACAGCGCCUCCAUCGAGGAGAGGAUUCUGAGGAUCACGGGUUACUACGGUUACCAGCCAUGGAGAGCAGUUUACAAAGAACAAUGUCUGCUGUCUGUAAAUCGCAGACUGCACUCUCUCUCUGCCCCCUCCCUCAUGGAGCCAGGAGAGGACCGCCCCCAUGAGAGCGCUGUGGUAGUGGCAGACGGACAGCCCGCUGUGGGCGUGGCCGGGGCGGAGCCAGGCGGCGGCCGGCAGAGGCUGCGCUGCUGUCUGCGCGUGACAGCUGCCCACGUGCGCAGGGCCCUGUGGGGCGUGGCCAUGGUCACCUGCGUGUGCUGCACCUGGGCCGGAGCCACUCAGCUGGCCAAGGUCACCUUCAGGCAGUUCGACGGCCCCUUCGCUCUCACCUGGUUCGCCACCACCUGGAACUGCCUCUUCUUCCCCGUGUACUACAUCGCACACCUGUGCAGGAGUCCGGAGAGACAGACACCCAGGCAGAGCUUCAGGGAGUGCUACAGGUUCUUCGGAGAUGAUGGUCUGACUGCAAAGGUGUUCAUGGUCAAGGUGGCUCCGUUCGGCGUGCUGUGGACAAUGACGCACUACCUGUACCUGCAGGCGCUACGCAGGGUCAGCUCCACCGACGCCUCCGCCCUCUUCUGCUGCAACAAGGCCUUCGUCUUCCUGCUGUCCUGGAUCCUGCUGCGGGACCGCUUCAUGGGCGUCAGGAUUGUGGCAGCCAUCUUGGCCAUCGCAGGCAUCGUGAUGAUGACGUACGCCGAUGGCUUCCACAGCCGCUCCGUCAUAGGCAUCUCACUGGUGGUGGCGUCAGCGUCCUCAUCCGCCAUGUACAAGGUGCUGUUUAAGAUGGUUCUGGGCAGCGCAAAACUCGGUGAGAUUGCACUGUUCCUGACCGUCCUCGGCGCUGCCAACUUCCUCCUUGUGGGUGUGGUACCGGUGAUCUUGUACUUCACAGGCGUAGAGCACUUCAGCUCGCCCAGCGACGUGCCCUGGGCAUGUCUCUGCGCAGUGGCAGCGCUGCUAUUGGCCUUCAACUUCCUGGUGAACUUCGGUUUUGUGAUAACAUACCCAACGUUCAUCUCGCUGGGCGUCGUGCUCAGCGUUCCUGUUAACGCCUUGGUGGACCUUCACAGCUGUGCGGUCCGGUUUAACCCAGUGCGCCUCAUCGCCGUCUCCCUAAUCUGCGUGGGCUUCCUGCUCCUGCUGCUUCCUACGGACUGGGACCAAGGCCUGGUCCAGCUCGCCGCCAAGCUGCGUAAGAGAGACCAGCCAGCAGAGGGCACCAGAGAGACAGGGACCAGUUCAGCACUCAGCUGGACACACAGAGCUAAGAGUCCUAUCUCCAGUUUUGGACACUGACCCCUGCCCUGUGGCCACACCCACCAGCUGUGGCCACACCCCCUGUCACUGUAGCCUGCCUGGGCCUACUGCCUGCUUCCUCUUCCUGUCUGAGAAAUGAACCAAUCAUGAAAAGAGA